AUGGGCAGGUACUUAAGGAAGAGCAAAACGGCAGACGAAGCUGUCGCUUUGAUGGAUGUUUCUCACUCUUCGCUUGCCGCAGCAGCAGCAGCCGCUUGUGGACGGGAGAAACUGCCAAUUGUUGUGAUUCGCCCCGCCAAACGGAGGAAGCAGAGGGAGAGAGCGACAUGCGUCGAAAGCCCUAACCCUAAUUCCCAAAAAUUGGAUUCUCCGUCGGGUUCUCUUCGCGGCUCCGGCGGCGAUGGGUCUCGCUCGGGUUCGGUUGCCGAGAGUGUUGUGUGCGCGAAGGAGAAAGAGAUACUGGUCGGUGAAAAAGAUGCCAACAAGGAUUUACGCGUCGAAACUUCGUCUGGAGAAAAUUUCUCCGGGCUUGAAGGCAGAGAAAGGACCAGAAGGGAAUCUACGCCAUGCAGUUUGAUAAGGGAUUCUGAAACUGUAAAGAUCCCGGGAUCAUCCAUGAGGCUUACCCGUGGUGUAAUGGAAACCAGCAGUCCGAGAGAAGAGAGUUUGUCUGGCCAUAUCCUACCGUCAACACAUGAGAUGGACGAGUUUUUCUCGGGGGCUGAGGAAGAACAACAAAGACGGUUCAUUGAAAAGUACAACUUUGAUCCCGUGAACGAGAAACCACUGCCAGGACGCUACGAGUGGAAGAAGGCCAGAUGCAGAAAACCAAAACCGCUAACUGACAAUGGAGGGACAAAUGGUAAUGGUGGUGGAUGGGGAUACUGUCUCUUAGUGUUUCUUUGGGUUCUGGUUUUGUUGGUGAAAUCGUCAAAGUGGAAGUGAUUCUUCGUCAUCGUGUCCACUGUACUUUCCACUUUGGUUUUGUGCCCACCACCCUUUUUUUCACGUUAUCUUGUUCGUGUAUUUCGUGGCCACCCACCACCAUCACGAAAGCCAUAUCCUUCAUCCAUUGCUCAAAUGGUUUUUGAUCACUUGAGAGAAGUCCGUCUCGUUUUAUUUGUCAGAAUCUGGAUUUCAAACAAG